AUGAAUCCAUAUUCAUAUAGUUCUCAAACAACACCAAGAAGCAGUGGGGUCGAUAAGCAAAGCCGAAGCGGAAUUGAUGGGCGCCGAGAAAAAUGCCUCAGAAAGGAUUUUGGGAUAAGGUUGAAGACAACCCCCAGCUGUUCAUUUGGCUGGAAUUGGAACUUCGGCAAUGCCAACAACAAAGACAACAAACCCCAAAUCAAAUACCACGAUAUCGAUCUUCCAUUUCCUCUCUCUCUCGUCGAUAAUACAUUCUUGAAACGUAAGGAACUGAAAUGCUGCUAUAAGGCCACGUCAGACGGAUUCAGCGCCACCGAUUUCCACACGUGUUGUGAUUUCAAAGGGCCAUGUGUCAUAAUUGGGUACACAGACAAAUCCUUCAAGUUUGGUGCAUUCAACCCAGAAGGCUACAGGAGCACAGAUGACUACUAUGACACUUUUGAUGCAUUCCUCUUCUAUUGGGAACACAAUGAGACGGCUGAUGAUCCCAUCAUCUUGCCUAAGGUAGGGGGUAGCGGUGCAGCUUUGUUUGAUUACGCGAGGGGUGGGCCACAGUUCGGGGCGGACGGGCUGCUGAUCGGCCCCCCUCUAGCACCUGUGAUGGGAGGCUUUGCCGGGCCAGACACGAACUCAGGCAUUGGGGACUUGAGGCAAGCCAAGUCUCGGCUCGGGCUGUCGUAUGCCAAGAGAAAAGAUGGGAAGGACUCCAUUUUUGGAGAUGCAAACAGAGCUGUUGUUGCUGAAGUACAGGUCUUUUGCAGCCCUCAAAUAGCAAGCUUGUAUUGAAAGAGGGAUGAGUUGUUGUUAGACUAAUGACCAAAUUAUUGCGAUUAUAGCUAUAAUAACUGGAAUCUGUAUGAUGUUUCAAUUAUGCA